CCAUUUAUUUAGUCUAUUUCAUCGUUUGUACUUUCCGGUAAGGUUUGUUUGCAGUUAGCAAAAAGGCUAGAAGGCUAUACUGUAAUAACGCGAGAUUUUUUUGGAAUCAGCAAGUACGUCUAACUGUAUACCCGUGACGUACACUUUUUUUACAAUAUCUGUAACUGUUAAUACUUUAUGAUAAUUUAGAAAUAUUUUUUAAAAUGAUUGAAGUAGAGGCUCCUUCUACGUCAGUGGAACAAGAAACUGAGGAGGGAAAUGCUACACUGGUAACAUCAAAGAAAGAAGACACACAUACACAAGUUCAGGAGGGGUCAGACCAACAGAGAGUAAUGCAUAUUGUUGAAGAGAAAGGUGAUGGUCCAUUCAGACUCAAAAUGCCACCAAAGGUUUCCAGGCCUGAAAAGGAAGUUGACCCAGAGUAUGAAGAGAUGAUGAAAACAGAUCGGGCCCACAGAUUUGAAUUCUUGCUGAAACAGACUGAGUUGUUUGCACAUUUUAUUCAGCCUUCAUCACAGAAGUCACCAACAUCUCCACUUAAAGUGAAAUUAGGGAGGCCGCGCAUAAAAAAUGAUGAGAAACAGAAUCUUCUUUGUGCUGGAGAUUACCGACACAGACGCACUGAACAGGAAGAAGAUGAAGAGCUCUUAUCUGAAAGUAGGAAAACAUCAAAUGUGUGUAUUCGAUUUGAGGAAUCUCCAUCUUAUGUGAAAAAUGGUACAUUAAGAGAUUAUCAGACAAGAGGACUAAACUGGCUUAUCUCACUGUAUGAAAAUGGCAUUAAUGGAAUUCUAGCCGAUGAAAUGGGCCUUGGUAAGACACUGCAAACCAUAGCUUUGCUGGGGUACCUAAAACACUAUAGAAACAUUCCUGGACCCCACAUGGUCUUGGUCCCUAAAUCAACAUUACACAACUGGAUGAAUGAAUUUAAACGCUGGGUUCCUUCUCUUCGAGCUGUUUGCCUUAUUGGAGACAAGGAUGCCAGGGCUGCCUUUAUUCGUGAUGUCAUGAUGCCAGGGGAAUGGGAUGUAUGUGUUACAUCUUAUGAAAUGGUGAUUAAAGAAAAAUCUGUUUUCAAAAAGUUUAACUGGAGGUAUGUAGUAAUCGACGAGGCCCACAGGAUAAAAAAUGAAAAAUCAAAGUUGUCAGAAAUUGUUCGGGAGUUCAAGUCAACAAACCGGUUGUUGCUGACAGGGACACCUUUACAGAAUAAUCUUCAUGAACUGUGGGCAUUGCUCAAUUUUCUCUUGCCUGAUGUCUUCAAUUCUGCUACGGACUUUGACUCUUGGUUUGAUACUAACAAUUGCCUUGGUGACCAGAAACUUGUAGAGCGUCUUCAUGCAGUUCUAAAGCCAUUCUUGCUGCGGCGUAUAAAGGCAGAUGUUGAGAAGAGUUUGCCUCCUAAAAAGGAAGUGAAAAUUUACUUGGGACUCAGUAAAAUGCAGAGGGAAUGGUAUACAAAGAUUCUGAUGAAGGAUAUUGAUAUACUGAAUUCUGCUGGUAAAUUGGAUAAGAUGCGCCUAUUGAAUAUUCUGAUGCAGUUAAGAAAGUGUUGCAACCAUCCCUAUCUGUUUGAUGGUGCGGAACCAGGGCCUCCAUACACCACUGACACUCACUUGGUUUUUAACAGCGGAAAGAUGGUGGUGCUUGAUAAACUGCUACCAAAACUCAAAGAACAGGGUUCUAGAGUUCUAAUCUUUAGUCAGAUGACCCGGUUACUAGACAUCUUGGAGGAUUACUGCAUGUGGCGUGGUUUUGAAUAUUGUCGACUUGAUGGUCAGACACCACAUGAAGAAAGGGAGAAAGCAAUAGAAACAUACAAUGCCCCCAACAGUUCCAAAUUCAUCUUCAUGCUGAGUACCAGAGCAGGAGGUUUGGGGAUUAACCUGGCAACUGCUGAUGUGGUUAUAAUAUAUGAUUCAGACUGGAACCCACAAGUGGAUUUGCAAGCAAUGGAUCGAGCUCAUCGUAUUGGUCAGAAGAAGGCUGUACGGGUUUUCCGUCUUAUUACAGAAAAUACUGUUGAAGAAAGGAUUGUGGAAAGAGCAGAGAUAAAAUUGAGGUUGGACUCCAUUGUGAUUCAGCAAGGACGUCUUAUUGAUCAGCAGUCAAACAAACUGGCGAAGGAUGAAAUGUUACAAAUGAUCCGUCAUGGUGCCACACAUGUUUUUGCAUCAAAGGACAGUGAACUGACAGAUGAAGAUAUAACCAGUCUUUUGGAGAGAGGAGAGAAGAAGACUGCAGAAAUGAAUGAACGUUUGCACAAACUUGGCGAAAGUUCACUGAGAAAUUUCACUAUGGACACAGAAACAAGUCUAUAUAAUUUUGAAGGUGAAGAUUAUAGAGAAAAACAGAAGCUAAGUAUGAUGGAAUGGAUAGAACCUCCUAAGCGAGAGCGGAAAGCUAAUUAUGCAGUGGAUGCCUACUUCAGAGAUGCAUUACGUGUCACCGAACCCAAAGCACCAAAGGCUCCACGUCCACCCAAGCAACCCAAUAUUCAGGAUUUUCAAUUUUUUCCACCACGCUUAUUUGAACUACUUGAAAAAGAAAUACUCUUUUAUCGGAAAACCAUAGGUUACAAGGUCCCCAGGAAUCCUGACCUCCCAAAUGCAACUCAGUUGCAGAAAGAAGAACAAAGAAAGAUUGAUGAGGCUGAACCUCUUUCUCCAGAAGAGACUGAAGAGAAAGAAAAGCUUCUCACCCAGGGUUUCACAAACUGGAAUAAACGUGACUUCAAUCAGUUUAUAAAAGCUAAUGAAAAAUAUGGACGGGAUGAUAUAGAGUGCAUUGCUAGAGAUGUAGAAGGCAAAACACCAGAGGAGGUCAUUGAAUACUCAGCUGUUUUCUGGGAGCGUUGCAAUGAACUGCAAGAUAUUGAAAGGAUCAUGGCCCAGAUCGAGAGGGGUGAAGCACGAAUUCAGAGAAGAAUCAGUAUCAAAAAAGCUUUAGAUGCAAAGAUUGCAAGGUAUAAGGCUCCUUUUCAUCAGUUGCGUAUACAGUAUGGAACAAACAAAGGCAAGAACUACACAGAAGAAGAAGACAGGUUUCUUAUUUGCAUGUUACAUAAAAUGGGCUUUGACAAAGAAAAUGUUUAUGAAGAACUAAGGCAAUGUGUUCGCAAUGCUCCUCAGUUUAGAUUUGAUUGGUUUAUCAAAUCAAGGACGGCAAUGGAACUACAGAGGCGUUGCAACACCCUGAUAUCACUAAUAGAAAAGGAGAAUAUAGAAAUUGAGGAGAAAGAGAGAGCAGAAAAGAAAAAACGAGGUCCAAAAGCCCCAUCUGCACAGAAAAGAAAAGCUGAUUCCACUCCAGAAGGUGCAGUGAAAAAGGAUAUUAAAAAGGUCAAAUCCUAAAGUGAUGCAGUGGAACUGGUGGCAUUGCAGCAGCAGAGAUGGAGUUGCAUAUUUCUUCUACUACAUCAAAAGAAAAGAUACAUAUCUAAAUGUUAAUGGUGUAUUUUUUGUGGAAUCAUAUGUUUUUGAAGAACUCUGUUCUUACCAUCUGUUGCAAUGUGUACAUAAUAAGAUAAUAUUCCUUUUUAUGGAAUUAAUGUAGCUUUAGAUUUUUCACUUUUAUGUAUUUCCUUACUGUGUUUAGUGAAACUGCCGUCUUCAGCAUUAAGUCAGUUCACUUGUCUUAGCUUGUUGUGUUUUAUAUAUUGCCUAAUUUUAAUUAAAAUAUGGAAAUUACUAA